GUGUGGGUACGUUUCACCCAAGGUCGUGGACGCACUCGGUGCACGCAUAUCAUAUUGGUCAGUUUAGAGUCACACGAGACCGCUUCCAACUGUGGGGAAGGGUCUUUCCUGUGCUUCGGGUUACCGCACAUUGUUUAUGAAUUGGAAGCGGUCUCGUGUGAUGAUCCGGGGGUGAUCAAAAUUACUCGCAGUUUCUACGUUCAUCUGUAUCGUGACCCCCGAUCCAGUUAGACAGUCUCGACAUGUACCUUCUUCGGAUCCCAUCCCCUAGCUUUACUUUUUUUGUACAUAAACCGGACAGGUCUCACUCGUCCUAGGCCCCGACUGCCCAACCAUACCCUCAUCACCUCAUCACUUGUCAUCACCGCAUCACUUAAUUACUGCUUAACCACUCAUGGCUGGAGGUCCAGUAGCUGGCGGCCCCGGUAUUGGGGUCAAUGCGCCAAAGAACAAGCUUGCAGGCCUCAUUAUGGUCUGCUUUUCUGCCUUCGGUGGUAUCCUCUUCGGUUACGAUACUGGUGUAAUCAGUGGAGUCAAGGAGAUGUCUAACUGGCUCCAAACCUUUGGACACCCGACAGGCAAUCCCGAUCGUCCCUACGACAUUUCUUCUUCUACUGAGUCUCUCAUCGUUUCAAUCCUGUCUGCUGGCACCUUCUUUGGUGCUCUCGCAGCCGCUCCGGUUGCUGACUACGUUGGAAGGAAAUGGGGUAUCAUUCUCGCAUGCCUCGUGUUCUCCGUCGGUGUAGCCAUGCAAACAGUGUCUACCGCCAUACCUCUGUUUGCUGUUGGACGAGUAUUCGCUGGUCUUGGAGUCGGUCUCGUUUCUUGCUUGGCACCGAUGUACCAAUCUGAAACUGCGCCAAAAUGGAUUCGUGGUGCCGUCGUAUCCUUGUACCAAUUUUCAAUCACCCUUGGUCUUCUCCUCGCCACCGUCGUCAAUAACGCCACGCAUAAGUUUACGACUUACGCCUCCUAUCGCAUUCCGACCUCAAUUCAAUUCAUCUGGGCGUUUAUACUUGCUUCUGGAAUGGUUUUCCUUCCAGAGUCUCCGCGUUGGUUGGUCAAGAAAGGCAGAGAUGACCAGGCGGCUAUCUCCCUCAGCCGUCUUACUGGCCUCCCUGCCAACCACCCAGACCUUCAGGCCGAUCUCACUGAGAUUCGCGCUAACCUCGAGGAGGAACAUGCGAUGGGCGAGAAGUCCUAUCUUGAUUGUUUCCGCAACACCAAAAACAAGAUGGCCCUGCGAACCUGGACAGGUAUCUCGAUUCAGGCAUGGCAACAAUUGACCGGAAUUAACUUCAUUUUCUACUAUGGCACGACCUUUUUCCAAAACUCUGGCAUAUCCUCCGCGUUCUUGAUUAGUAUCGCUACUGCCAUUGUUAACGUGUUUAUGACCAUCCCCGGUAUCUAUGGUGUGGAGAAAGUGGGUCGUCGAACCCUUCUACUUUACGGAGCUGCCGGCAUGUGUGUUUGUGAAUUCAUUGUCGCCAUCGUCGGUGUCACCAUCUCCACGGACAACCUUACUGGUCAGAGAUGUCUGAUUGCCUUUGUCUGCAUUUACAUCGCUAUCUUCGCGGCGACAUGGGGCCCCAUUGCAUGGGUUAUCACCGGAGAGAUCUUCCCUCUGGAGGUGCGUGCAAAGGCGAUGUCGCUCUCCGUGGCAAGCAACUGGCUGUGGAACUUCGCCAUUAGUUACGCCACACCCUACCUCGUCAACUCCGGCGUCGGAAAUGCAAACCUAGGAUCAAAGGUCUUCUUCAUUUGGGGAAGCACCUGUGCAUGUUGCGUUAUAUUCACGUACUUCUUUGUCCCUGAGACCAAGGGACUGUCGCUCGAACAGAUCGAUCUGAUGUACCAGCACACAUUGCCCAUGAAUUCAUUGAUAUAUCGGGCCAGACUCAUUGCAGAAGGUCAAGAACUCAAACACGAAAUUGAGUACAAGGAGGAGGCAAAUCCACAGGUUUAAUUCAUGAAAAGAAGCGAUUUCUUCUCUUUUGCUUUGGAUGUUUCUGUACUCGGAUUUUAUCAUGCUCAUGAACCUGUAAAGGAUGCUUUGUAACGAGACCUUACGAAUAAUGGGAAACAGUAAAACAGUAAUAAUUGGUCGACUCCGCUAAUACGAAAACGGAAAAUGGAUGUAAAAAU